AAUAUAGUAUCUUUAUCUAUGCGUGGAUUAGUACGUCAGGUUUAUUGCCGAUUUAACAACGGAAUUGUAUAUGGUUAUACUCCUGGUCGUGCACUUUCCGUACCAGACAUGAGCAAUCAGCAUAUAUGCUUGCUUAUUGCAGAACAUAUGGCAGUUUGGCAUAAAGUGAACAUUUCUAAUGAGAAGGAAUCAGCAUUAUUUCCUAUUUUACGGAAAUGGUUAAAAGAAGUACCGAGAUCGUAUGCCGACCCAAAAACUGACGAGAAAUUUCAAAACAAUUUUAAAUUAGAAGAACUCUUUAAUGAA